UUCAGGUUUCGGAUUUUUCGGUUUCGGGUUCGGUUUUGCUUAUCGGUUAUUUGGGUUCCUGCUAAAAACCUCCAAUGAAUAGAACUCAGCCCGUAUUUUUAGGCGUUCGGGUUUUCGGGUUUCGGUUUUGCUUUAACCGAAUCCGAAUCCGAUAAGGAAUUUUCGGGUUUCGGGUAAUCGGAACCCGCAAGUCCUUAUCGGGUUCAGGUUCGGUUUUAGUGGUUUUCGGUUUCGGGUUUUCGGGUUUUGUCGGGUUUCAGUUUGGGUAACCGAACCCUACCCAAACUGACACCCCUAUAUGCAACUUGAUGCCGAGAUGAAUUGCAUGUCAUCUUAGUUGCUAUCUUAGUUGCUGAGAUGAAUUGCAUACCAUCGUACGAACUCAGCCGUAUCUGUGCAGGAAAACGCUAAAUUACCUUUAUUUAACGUGUCCUCAGUUGCGUUACAAAAACAGAACAACGUGAGCCCAUUUGCUGCGCAUUCCUACCAUUUUAUGUCGCAACCUCGCUGCAAAACGGGGUUCUUUAUCUGUGAAGCAUUCUAUCGAGCACCUUCCAUGCAAUGCUUUGAACACUACCACUCCACGAAUUUCAUUCCCAACCGACGCCAUGGGAGAUUUUGCCGCGGAAUUAAGUAGCUGUUUCAAAUAUUCAGCUUCAUCGGGAACAUUUCUUAUGUUGAUGGGCGGCAGAGGAAUUGAACUUGCCAUUGACGACUUGCUUAAAACAAAACAGCCGGGAAAACGACAACUUUGGAUUGUCAGCAUGAGAACUUCUUACUUCUCAAUUAUUCUUCUUUCCAAGUCCCAACUUCUCCCUUUUGGCUCCACUACGUUUCGUUCAUCCCUAUCUGGAAUACAUUUAUUAUAUUCCUUUUCCGGCCAUCUCCGUUUGUAAAGCUCGGUCAUGGCAGCAAUGAUCGGCCCCAGCCAAACCAUCAAGACCGCGCUGCAACCGACGCUCAGCCAUCAACGUGGCCACUGUCGCUUGUACCAGACUCCGAUCAGUACAUUGACAACUGAAAAUUGGUGUCGUCGUCGGUCGAUCACUGUUGCAAGUUGCAGCCUUCAUCACAAUUCUGAAAAUUCGCUGAAGUCUCACUGUGAAAAGCUGGUUCAUGAGUUCAACCCAGAAGUUCCUAUUGAGAAAGCCCUGACGCCACCCAGUUCUUGGUACACUGACGCUGCCUUUUAUGAUUUUGAGCUCGAUCGCGUCUUCUACAGAGGGUGGCAAGCAGUUGGCUAUACUGAGCAGAUAAAAGAGCCUCGUGACUUCUUCACUGGGAGGUUAGGGACUGUAGAAUUCGUGGUGUGUAGGGAUGAGAAGGGAAAGGUUCAAGCUUUCCACAAUGUCUGCCGCCAUCAUGCCUCCAUUCUUGCUUCUGGAAGUGGGCAGAAAACCUGCUUCGUGUGCCCUUACCAUGGAUGGACAUAUGGGUUAGAUGGAGCACUUCGUAAAGCAACAAGGAUAACGGGGAUUCAAAAUUUCAACGUAAAUGAGUUCGGGCUCAUCGCAAUAGAUGUGGCAGUAUGGGGCCCUUUUGUUCUUCUCAAUCUAGAGAGGAAGAUGUCACCUGAUUAUGAUGUUGGUGACAAUGAUCUAGUUGAGAAUGAAUGGCUUGGCAGCACCUCAGAACUGCUGAAGUGCGGUGGAGUUGACACUUCUCUAAGUUACCUCUUUAGGCGCGAGUAUACGAUCGAUUGCAACUGGAAGGUGUUUUGUGAUAACUACUUGGAUGGAGGUUACCAUGUGCCAUAUGCACAUAAAGGCCUUGCAUCUGGUCUGGAGCUCGAUUCGUAUUCCACCACGACCUAUGAAAAGGUUAGCAUCCAAAGUUGUGCUGGUGGGUCAACAGAAAGAGUGGGAUCAAAAGCUUUGUAUGCUUUUAUAUACCCAAAUUUCAUGAUUAAUAGGUAUGGACCUUGGAUGGACACUAAUCUGGUAGUCCCAUUAGGGCCGAGGAAAUGCCAAGUAAUAUUUGACUACUUCAUUGAACCUCAUCUCAAGGAUGACAAAUCUUUCAUUGAGCAAAGCCUGAUUGAUAGCGAAAAAGUGCAGAUGGAAGACAUCAUCCUAUGUGACGGUGUACAAAGAGGCCUGGAAUCACCAGCGUACUGCAGCGGCAGAUAUGCUCCAACUGUAGAGAAUGCCAUGUACCAUUUCCACCAAUUGCUUCACAGUAAUCUUUGCAUGUGACGUGAAAGCCAUGAAUCGGUUUCUUCAAGUAUUGCUUUAACAUGUUUCUUGUACAUGAUUAAUUGUCUGCAAGUUGUAUCUCCUGUUAUGGAUCUAAGGAUGUUUAAGACUUUGGUUUCAGAGUUUUCUGUCACUUUUUCCUUAAAGUGAUUACAGGAAAUUGAAUUAGAUAUGGAUUCUGAAUUUCCAAUGAAUAAAAAGUACACUUUUAC